UUCUUGAACGAGCCUUUUGCUACCUGUUUUGAUAUUGGGUCAGAGCGACAUGCAUUAAGAUGGUAGUGAAUGGGAAGAUGCAGAGUUUUCCCUUUGGAAAAGGAACGACAGGUGGCGGAGACAUGGCGAGCAAGAACCUCCGAUUGCUCUCGUUUCUGGUUCUCUUCUGUUCUCGGAUUCAUCUGAUUUGCUCUACUACAAACCCAAAUGACCUCACUGCUCUUUUAGCCCUGAAAGCCCAGUGGCAGGACACACCGCCCAACUGGGGCAAGUCCAAUGAUCCUUGUGGACUGCCUUGGGAUGGACUCACCUGCAACAGUAAUUCAAGAGUGACCGGAUUGUGAGGGUUAUCUAGCAUGAAUAUCAAAGGGCCGCUGCCAGCCGACAUCGGGGGGCUCACAGAACUCACUUCUUUGGAUCUUUCCUUAAACAAGGGUCACGGACCGAUCCCUUCGCAGUUGGGAAGUCUACGGAAGUUGAAUAUCUUAAUCUUGGCUGGAUGCAGCUUCACCGGUAGUAUUCCUGAUGAACUGGGCAACCUCAUGGAGCUGACUUUCCUGGCACUAAAUUCCAACAAUUUUAGCAGUAAUAUACCUGCUUCUUUGGGUAAACUCUCCAAACUCUACUGGUUGGAUGUGUCGGAAAAUCAGUUAUAUGGAUCACUACCAGUUUCGACAAACACCACCCCAGGGUUGGACCUUUUGUUCAAUUGCAAUCACUUCCACUUCAGCAAGAACCAACUGUCCGGCACCAUACCAGCUAAACUGUUCAGUUCAAACAUGUCUCUGAUACACACAUUAUUUGAUGAUAACAAAUUUAAUGGUUCUAUACCGUCCACAUUAGGCCUUGUUCAGACGCUUGAGGCUCUCCGACUCGAUAGGAACUCCUUUUCUGGGAACGUCCCUUCAACUCUCAACAACAUUACAAAACUCAGUGAACUGAAUUUAGCAUAUAAUGAAUUGGACGGUCCUUUGCCAAAUUUAACGGGUAUGAAUUUACUCAGUUACAUUGACCUCAGCAACAACUCUUUUGUGGCUUUGGCGGCUCCAGAUUGGUUCUCAACUUUAUCAUCUCUCACCACUCUAAUCAUACAAUAUGGACCGCUUCAAGGGACCAUACCACAAAACCUCUUCAGCCUUCCCCAGCUAGAGCAAGUUGAUAUGAGAAAUAAUGCUUUCAAUGGAACGCUGUACAUGGGUACCAGCAUCAGUCCCAAUUUGGAGCUCGUUAAUUUGGAAGAUAACAAGAUUGAAUCGCUGACGACCAGUCCCUACCAGAACAGAUUAAUGCUAAACGGCACUCCAGCAUGUACGAUUGCGCCUAUUCUCUCAACUUCGGCGUACUGCAAUGAUCAGCAGCAGCAACGACCUUAUUCUACCUUAGUCGACUGCCCAGGUGCAUCGUGUCCCUCAGAUCAGAAGCUUAACCCUGGAAGUUGCAAAUGUGCAGUUCCGUACGAAGGAAUAAUAACAUUUAAAGCUCCAUCAUUCAGCGAUUUGUCCAAUGACACUCUGUUUAAAUCGUUGGAAGUAGGCCUGUGGCAGACAUUGAACCUAACUAAUGGUUCAGUUUCUCUUCAGAAUAUCUUACAUAAUCAAAGCAGUGGAUAUCUUAUAGUACCUGUGUCUUUCUUUCCAUCUAAUGGGACAGAAUUCAGAAGGUCGGGCAUUGUGAGAAUCGGAUUCGCUAUGACUAACCAUACCUUUCCAUCGCCCCCUUUCGGUACCUAUCUCUUCAGCGCACAACCUUAUCCAUUCCCAGCUCACGGAAUAAGAAUCAGUAUCGGCGUCAUAGCAGGGAUUGCCAUUGGCUGCUCAGUCCUGGCUCUUGGACUUGUGUGGUCAGCAAUAUACGCUAUUAAACAGAAGAAAAGAGCACAAAGAGCAAUGGAAUUGAGCAAACCAUUUGCAUCCUGGAUACCGAGGGAAAGUGAUGGCGGAGGAGCACCGCAGUUGAAGGGGGCAAGGUGGUUCUAUUUUGACGAAAUCAAGAAGUGCACCAAUAGCUUUUGUGAAAGUAAUCAAAUAGGCUCUGGGGGCUAUGGAAGGGUCUACAAAGGAAUGCUUCCUGAUGGCCAAGUGUUGGCAAUCAAGAGAGCUCAGCAGGGGUCGAUGCAGGGCACGCAUGAGUUUAAGACGGAAAUCGAGCUACUUUCUCGAGUCCAUCACAAGAAUCUCGUUGGCCUCUUUGGCUUCUGUUAUGAACAAGGAGAGCAGAUGUUGGUCUAUGAAUAUAUGCCUAACGGGACACUUAGGGAGAGCUUGUCGGGGAAAACUAGCAUACAUCUUGAUUGGAAGAGAAGGCUGCAGAUUGCUCUCGGCUCUGCGAAAGGACUGGCAUAUCUGCAUGAACUCGCGAAUCCCCCGAUUAUUCACAGAGAUGUCAAGUCCACGAAUAUUUUGCUGGAUGAAAACUUGGUGGCUAAAGUUGCAGACUUCGGCUUGUCUAAAAUGGUGGCGGACAGCGAGAAAGGACAUGUGUCAACCCAAGUCAAGGGCACACUGGUAUAG